CCUCGGGCGAGCUCCUGGCUUUGCGUCAGCAAGCGGGAACUCCCAGGAUCAGGAAGGUCCCAGAGAAACUCCCCAGGGGGGAAGCCGAGGCCGUCCAGAGAUGCAGGGUACACACAGUGACAGUGCCAGCUCCACAUUCCCGACCACCGGGCCAGGGCUGGUUCCACGCUGUCAUUUCUCUCCGCUGGCCCCAGCCGCGGGGCCCACCUCCAGACAGACAGACCGGGGAUCCUGCCUGGCGGCGUGACUUUGGGUUAGUCCUAGAGCCGCUUCUAGUCCGGUUUCCUCCGCCCCAGGUUAGGACCACGUGGUGCUGCGGCGCACAGACCCGCGCCCCGCCGUCCGCGAGCCUCCCGAGAGCCGACCCUUCGUCCGGCCCUGGAGCAUUGUGUUUGUCGCCGGUGUCGCAGUGCGAGGAUGGCGCCGCGGGUGUAGCGGGUCUCUGCGCAGGCCGAGUGGACCCAGAGAAGCGAGGAACUCCGCAGUUUGUCGACACUUCUCGUCUCCUGUCCCAAUUCAGGGCUUGGUGAGGUGACUCGCGGUCGCUGGUUACUCGCCGGCAGCCUUCCUGCCCCUGCCUGGAACGCCUGGAGCGCCUCCCACUGCAGACGUCUGUCGGCCUCCAGCCGCUCUCCUCUGACGGGUCCUGCCUCAGUUGACGGAAUGGCAGCCACAGGAGCCAAUGCAGAGAACCCUGAAAAUCACAAUGAUUGCCCCGUCAGACUUUUAAAUCCAAACAUAGCAAAAAUGAAAGAAGAUGUUCUCUACCAUUUCAAUCUCACCACUAGCAAACACAAUUUCCCAGCCUUGUUUGGAGAUGUGAAGUUUGUGUGUGUUGGUGGAAGCCCCUCCCGGAUGAAAGCCUUCAUCAGGUGCGUUGGUGCAGAGCUGGGCCUUGACCGCCCAGGUAGAGACUAUCCCAACAUCUGUGCGGGAACUGACCGCUAUGCCAUGUAUAAAGUAGGACCGGUGCUGUCUGUCAGUCAUGGUAUGGGCAUUCCUUCUAUCUCAAUCAUGUUGCAUGAGCUCAUAAAGCUGCUGUACUAUGCCCGGUGCUCCAACGUCACUAUCAUCCGCAUUGGCACUUCUGGUGGGAUAGGUCUGGAGCCCGGCACUGUGGUCAUAACAGAGCAGGCAGUGGAUACCUGCUUCAAGGCAGAGUUUGAGCAGAUUGUCCUGGGGAAGCGGGUCAUCCGGAAAACGGACCUUAACAAGAAGCUGGUGCAGGAGCUGUUGCUGUGUUCUGCAGAGCUGAGCGAGUUCACCACAGUGGUGGGGAACACCAUGUGCACCUUGGACUUCUAUGAAGGGCAAGGUCGUCUGGAUGGGGCUCUCUGCUCCUACACGGAGAAGGACAAGCAGGCGUAUCUGGAGGCAGCCUACGCAGCCGGCGUCCGCAACAUCGAGAUGGAGUCCUCGGUGUUUGCCGCCAUGUGCAGCGCCUGCGGCCUCCAAGCGGCUGUGGUGUGUGUCACCCUCCUGAACCGCCUGGAAGGGGACCAGAUCAGCAGCCCUCGCAAUGUGCUCAGCGAGUACCAGCAGAGGCCGCAGCGGCUGGUGAGCUACUUCAUCAAGAAGAAACUGAGCAAGGCCUGAGCACAGCCCUGCACCUCCGCAGACCUGCUGUGAUGACUUGCCAUUAAAAGCAUUGUCCAAAA